UGGCAGGUGUUCACCACGUACUCCAACGAGGACUACGACCGGCGUAAUGAUGACGUGGACCCCAUGGCGGCGUCGGCUGAGUACGAGCUGGAGAAAAGGGUGGAGAGACUGGACCUCUUCCCUGUGGAAUUAGAGAAAGAUGGGGACGGUCUGGGGAUCAGCAUCAUCGGCAUGGGUGCCGGGGCUGACAUGGGUCUGGAGAAACUGGGCAUCUUCGUCAAGACGGUCACUGACGGAGGAGCUGCGCACCGAGAUGAAAGGAUCCAGGUGAAUGACCUGAUCGUGGAGGUGGACGGGACCAGUUUGGUGGGCGUGACCCAGGCCUUUGCUGCCUCCGUCCUCAGGAACACCACCGGCACUGUCAAGUUCAUGAUUGGACGAGAGAAGCCAGGCGAACAGAGCGAGGUGGCCCAGCUGAUCCAACAGACCCUGGAGCAGGAGCGCUGGCAGAAAGAGAUGAUUGAGCAGCGCUACAGCCAGUACAUGGAGGAAGACGAGGAGACAGGUGAGUAUGCCACGGACGAGGAGGAGGAGAUGAGCCCCAUGUUCCCCAACGCCAUAGAGGUGUUUGACCUGGCGGAGAAUGAGGACAUGCUCUCCCCUAUGGAGAUGGACCCUGAGAAACUGGCCCACAAGUUCAAAGAGCUUCAGAUAAAGCAUGCGGUCACUCAGGCUGAGAUUCAACAGCUGAAGAGAAAGCUGGCGCAUGCAGAGCAGGACAAGCUGCGCUGGCGCAUGGAGCGUGCCCAGCUGGAACAGAGUGUUCGGGAGAACAAGGAGCGCAUGGAGAAGCUGGAGGGCUACUGGAUGGAGGCCCAGAGUCUGUGUCAGGCGGUGGACGAACACCUGAAGGAGACACAGGCCCAGUACCAGACCCUGGAGCGCAAGUACAGCAAGGCCAAGCGCCUCAUCAAGGAAUACCAGCAGAAGUAAGGCUGAUAAAUAAAGAGGAU